ACCAUGGAGUAGCACGAACCGUUGAUCCCUGGGGCAAGACGGCUGCCAGUUCAUUGGACGCCCUCUUCCCUGUUUAUUGCCUUAGCCCCAUAAACCGCUGCCUCGGAUUGGAAGCUCGUUGUCAGUACCAUGUCGGUACCAAUCACGGUCUUGCAAAAACUACUGCGCGACCAGAAAGUGCCCUUCUUCAAGGAGUUCGGAGGGAUACGUAUUCAUGCCACGGCCUUGUCGAGCAAACAGCUUCGUGCCACCUCGCUCAAUCUGGACUCUGCGAAGCCUACGGUACAGCCUUAAGGUGCACGUUUGCCAUGAUGAGGGGGACAUUAGUGAUUCUUCUUGCACUGUGCAUAACGGCUUUUUGUUGUAGAGCCAUCGGUCGCCGGGCCUAUCUACCGCCCUCUGUCGUACCUCCACUGUGUCGAGAUGAGGGAAUAUUGGCCUACGACGGUGCGCCCCCGAGUCCGUUCGGAGUGGAACUUAAUGACAGCAUUGGCCACAUGCAAGAUCUCAUGGACUCGGGAUGCUCGAACAAACUAGGUCGUUACCUCUGCACCGCCCACUUCCCUCGGUUAAACCUGAUCCGCCAAGGAGUGGACAGUGAGUCGGUCUACCUGCGCCCGUGUGCCGAGCUCUGCCGGACCAUUUGGCGCGACUGCCGGCCCACCGCCCGCCAGCUUCGUGUGGAAAGGACACCAGAGUUUGAAUGUAACAAGUAUUUCCCUUUGAUGAAGAAAUGGCAAUGCCUGUCUGAUCUCUUCCCACCGAACCAACCUUCGAAUUGGAUCACAGCCGUCAGCCGGCACAGCGUGGAAAAGGCUUCCGUCCGGUACCUCUCUCCAGCGUCCACCACGCAGGCAAUUCGCAUCCGCUUCACUAAUGACACCAGCUCUGCAGUCGAGAGAGAAAUCUUUCAUCUUGUCGAUCCCGAACAAGGCCCACCCGUUCGCACGAUUGAGAUCUUUCCCCUUUGGAACCCAGGAAGUUAUAGCAUUGAAAUCACAGCCUUGAAUGACUUCGGAGAGGGCACAACGACAAUCGCAAACAUACCGGCGUAUGAGGACGCCCCUAACGACGUUCCAGACGAUCACGGUGGGCAUUGUGAGAACAUCACUGUGCCACUCUGCCAAUCCGACAUCGGCUACACAAAGACCUCCAUGCCUAACUUCCUCCACCAUCAGAAGCAGGACGAUGCAGGGAUGGAAGUUCACCAAUUCUAUCCUUUGGUGAAAGUGCAGUGUUCGCCCUUCAUUAAGACGUUCCUGUGUUCCUUAUACACCCCAGAGUGCACCGAUGGUGCGAGCCGCCCUCUGCAGCCCUGUAGAGAGCUUUGUGGACUGGCAAAGGACGGAUGCGAAGAACUCAUGAAUAAUUUUGGAUUCGCUUGGCCAGAGCAUCUGGUGUGUGAGAAUUUCCCCAGCUUCAGUGAAGGACAUGAAUGCUACUUAGGAGAUGCAUCUGUCAACGUAACCGAUGACACCCAUUCAGUGGAAGAUGUUCCGCUAUGUGAAGACAUCACUUUGCCGUUGUGUCGCGACAUCGGCUACACCAAGACAUCUAUGCCGAACAUCUUAGGCCAUCAAACUCAAGACGAGGCAGGAUUGGAAGUCCACCAAUUCUUUCCCUUGGUGAAAGUGCAGUGUUCGCCCUUCCUGAAGACACUUCUGUGUGCCGUCUACACUCCACAAUGUACUGAUGGUGAAAAGCGCCCUCUGCUGCCCUGCAGAGAGCUUUGCGCACAGGCAAGGGACGGUUGCGAAGAACUCAUGAAUGAUUUCGGAUUCGCUUGGCCACAGAGUCUUGCGUGUGAGAACUUUCCCAGCUUCAGUGAAGGAAACGAUUGCUACAUAGGAGAAGGAGGUGUUCCGCAGCAGUGUGAAGACAUCACUGUGCCCAUGUGCAUGUCCGACAUCGGCUACACCAAGACAGCCAUGCCGAAUAUCUUUGGCCAUCAACUUCAGGACGAGGCAGGAUUGGAAAUCCAUCAGUUCUGGCCACUGGUGGAAAUUGGAUGUUCAUCCUUUCUGAAGACACUGCUGUGCGCCGUGUACACUCCAGAGUGUACUGAAGGCUCCAACAGCCCAAACCAGCCUUGCAGGGAGCUUUGUGUACCAGCCAGGGACGGGUGCGAAGGGCUCAUACGUGCGUACGGAUUCUCCUGGCCCGACAGCCUGAUGUGCGAGAACCUGCCUAGCUUCGCUGAAGGAAACGAUUGUUUUCUAGGGGGAGUGCCGGUGACAGAUACCCAGCCCCAUGAGCGAUGCCAAGACAUCACCGUGUCCAUGUGCCGUUCUGACGUCGGAUACAAUUACACUGCCAUGCCCAACCCCAUCGGCCAUCAGUUGCAGAGCGACGCAGAGCUACAGCUGCAGACCUUCGUGCCGCUCAUGCAGUACGGCUGCUCACCCCACGCCGGAAGCUUCUUGUGCGCUAUGUAUUUGCCCUUGUGCGACACCUCCAGCGGGGCCCAGGUGCUACCUUGUCGGGAGCUGUGUGACUCUGUCAGGAGAAAUUGCUCCACGGUGCUGCAUGAAUUUGGCUUCAGUUGGCCGGAAUCACUGGUGUGUGAAAAUCUACCAAGUCGAAAUAGCGGGUCUACUUGCUACUUAGGAGGUAUGGCCAAAGUGCGUGGUUGA